ACGAAAAAUAGAAAAAAAAUGAAUGAAGUUUGACCCUGUUAAUAGUGAACAUGCAUUGUAAUUUGGGACGGAGGGAGAUUACCGGAACUUUUUUGAAUAAAUUACUUAGGAAGAAGACAAGCGAUUCUACCGAGUUCAAUUAAGAACCAGAGCCCAAAUCAAAGCCAAAGGGGAAGGAAGAAGGAAUACCCUCCACCCCCAACAACCACCCCUUCCAAGAAACCAUAAAGAUUCCCACAUUUGAGGCACCAAUACUUCUUCCCUCCCUCCUCUCUGCCCUUCCUCUCAUCUUCGGGCAGACAGACCUCUCUCAUCUUUUCUUCUCCUCCAUUUUCCCCCUCCCCAGAUGCCCUUUCUUCAAGAUUCAACGAAAUCUCUGUAAAUCGCUGAAGAAGAAGAAGAAGGAGAAGAAGAAAGAUUGCUCCUUUUUAACCCUAGCCAAGACAUUCCGGCGAUCCAAGAAGAAGGAGAAGAAUGUCUGGGUUGAAGCACAUUGGCGAUGAUGAUAUUCCAACAUCCCCAGGAAAGUUCAAGCCUCCUUACAAUAGUAAUAGGCUCCGGCUUCAUUCCUCCCUCCCAAGACUCACCUUUUGGUCCCUGCUCUUCUUGGCCUUGAUCUACGUUAUGUUCUUCAGAUCACCGCCGCCGUCUUCCUCCUCCUCCUCCGCCGCCGCCGCUUCAGAUCUCUUCAGGAGAUCCCUCAGAACCAGCAUCUACGGCGGCCCGUCCUGGGAGAAGAAGAUCAGGGCCUCCGCGAAACCCAGAUCAAGAAACGGCAUCACCGUUCUUGUCACCGGCGCCGCCGGCUUCGUCGGGACCCACGUCUCGGCGGCCCUCAAACGCCGCGGAGACGGCGUCGUGGGGCUCGACGUUUUCAACGACUAUUACGACCCGUCCUUGAAACGGGCCCGCCAGCAGCUCCUCGAACGCAACGGGGUCUACAUCGUGGAAGGGGACAUAAACGACGCCGUACUGGUGAAGAAACUGUUCGAGAUCGUCCCGUUCACGCACGUGAUGCAUCUCGCCGCUCAGGCCGGCGUCAGAUACGCCAUGGAGAACCCGGCGUCCUAUGUCCACAGCAACAUCGCCGGCCUCGUCAGUCUCCUUGAAGUCUGCAAGAGCGUGAACCCGCAACCCGCCAUUGUCUGGGCGUCUUCAAGCUCCGUCUACGGCUUGAACUCCAAAGUCCCCUUUUCCGAAUCCGACAGAACCGAUCAGCCUGCGAGCCUCUACGCCGCCACCAAGAAAGCCGGCGAGGCAAUCGCCCACACCUACAACCACAUCUACGGCCUUUCCCUGACCGGAUUGCGGUUUUUCACGGUGUAUGGACCUUGGGGAAGACCGGACAUGGCCUACUUCUUCUUCACCAAAGACAUAUUGAAAGGGAAGCCAAUUCGGGUGUUCGAAGGGGCAAACCACGGGACAGUGGCCAGGGAUUUCACCUACAUUGAUGACAUAGUGAAGGGGUGUUUGGCGGCUCUGGACACGGCGGAGAAAAGCACAGGGAGCGGAGGGAAGAAGAAGGGCCCUGCCCAAUUGAGAGUUUUCAACCUGGGGAACACCUCCCCGGUCCCUGUCUCGGAUCUGGUGAGCGUAUUGGAGAGGUUGCUGAAGGUGAAGGCGAAGAGGCAAGUGAUGAAGAUGCCGAGGAAUGGGGACGUCCCCUUCACGCAUGCAAACAUCAGCUCGGCGAAGAGGGAGCUCGGGUACAAGCCUUCAACAGAUUUGCAGACUGGGUUGAAGAAAUUUGUUCAAUGGUACCUCAGUUACUAUGGCAAUGGUGGAAAGAAGGGAUCACAACACUGAAAGACUGCCAAAAAAACAUUCUUCGUGAUCUUUGGUUUGUCUGUCUCUUCAUUCAUUCUUCCUCUUAUCAUUGUUUCAUUUUUCCAUUAUUAAACAUGUUAAAACAAAAGUACCCACAGUCCCACACACACCCUUUGUUGUCUACUUGAUCUGUUGUUGUAUAUCUGUAUAAGGACACUCUCUGAUCAUAAUCUCCUCCCAAGAAGGAUGAAGUGAAGCUCAAGAGAUUUUUUUUUCUUUUCUUUUCUUUCUUGUUUUUCUUUUAAAUGGUGGAUAUUGUUUUGGUUGAUGGCCAUACUUUGUGUGAUAUCAUAUCAUCUGUUGUAUCAAAUGGGAAGUUUUAAUGCCAAUUCUUUUUGGUGAUGUAAUGUAAUUUGUUGUAUCAUUUCCAGGUUCAAAUAAAGCACUCUUCCACAG